CUUUGUCCGAAGGGAGACGCAGUUCGAGGGGCGGAAUCGAGGCCAGCCUUUUCGCGGCCAGAUCAGUGAAGCCCGCGAAUAUUGUUUUGUCGCCAAACGAAAAUGGCGUUCGCAAGUACCGGGCAGAAUACAAGCCGGAUAAUAGCUCUUGUUGACAUGGAUUGCUUCUACGUGCAGGUAGAGCAAAGAAGAAAUCCCGAACUCAAAGGCAAACCAUGUGUGGUUGUUCAGUAUAAGAAAUGGAGAGGUGGUGGGAUCAUUGCUGUUGGUUAUGAGGCAAGGAAAUUUGGUGUGACACGUCAAAUGAGAGGAGACGAUGCAAAGGAAAAAUGCCCUGAUGUCAACAUUGUCUAUGUGAAAGAAACUAGAGGCAAAGCUGAUCUGGCUGUUUAUAGAGAAGCUGGUGCCGAAGUUAUUAAAGUUCUUUCAACAUUUUCUGAGUCCCUGGAGAGAGCAAGCAUUGAUGAAGCUUAUAUCGAUCUUAGCGAUGCUGUCAGGAGGUACAAAAUGAAGUACACACUCGAUGAAAUUGCCGCAAAACUUCUUGAAACUACGCAUAUCAUUGGUAUUUCGACGCAGGAGGACAGAAACAAGGACACUGCGCAGUCAGACGCGCUUGAUGUGUUGAAGCAAAAGCUGACUAUUGAUUCAAAUUUGAAUCUUGGUGUUGGGGCGAUCGUGGCUAAUGAAAUGAGGGAUGCAGUUUUGGAAAGGACCAAAUUCACCUGUUCAGCGGGCAUUGCCCAUAAUAAGAUGCUUGCCAAAUUGGUAGCUGGGAUGCAUAAGCCUCAACAGCAAACAGUUGUUUUCUUUGAUGAUGUACCCAAGCUCUACAAAACAAUGAAAAUCGGAAAAGUGCGGCAUCUUGGUGGCAAACUUGGCCAACAGAUUCAAGAGACAUUUCAAAUCGAAACGAUGUCACAGUUAUCUGAAAUUGAUAUUAGUACGCUGAAGCAACACUUUGGUGAUAAAAAUGGCGAUUGGAUUUUUUGGUUGGCAAAGGGCAUUGAUUCUGAGCCAAUUCGAAAUCGUACCCUUCCACAGUCAGUUGGCUGUUGUAAGAACUUCAGAGGACCAGACAUUCUUAACAAAACUUCCAAGGUAUCAUUCUGGCUCCACCAGUUGUCGUCAGAGGUCUGCGAAAGGCUUGACCAGGAAAUCGAAGUAAACAACAGGGUUGCAACACACAUGAUUGUCAACUUCAAGAACCCUGGGAAAGCGUCAAUGUCAAGGUCGUGCAAAAUCAACAAAGUCGAUGCAGAGCAAAUCAAAACUGACGCCCUGCGCAUGAUACGAGAAUUUAACAGAAGUGACAGCUCUGACAAAUGGGAUCCUCCUAUUGUUCUUCUUGGAAUUUCAACAAGCAAAUUUGAAGAAUACGAGAGCAGUGGCAGUAAGUCAAUGAAGGACUUUCUUGUAAAGAAUUCGGUAAAGUCCAGUUCUCUUGCAACAUCCCUUGAUUCUCUUCAAAAUUCUAGCUCCCUGUUUAGGGACACGAAAUUGAAUACUAACAGAACUGAAAACAAACCUCUUGGUUUAAAGCGGUUUUUUGUCAGCUCAAAAAACAAUAAACUGAAUGAAUCGUCGAGUUGCAAGGACAUUCAACAAAUGGAACUUGGGAAAGAAGAAGACUUGACAACUAGUUCUUUAAAAGGGAAGGAAGAAACAGACAAUAAUUUUGAAAGUCACGAAGCUGUUAGGACUCACAAAAAUUCAUCUUCUUGUAGCAUUGAAAAUGCUUCGUUAUUAGUGGGAUGCAACGAAGACAGAGUUUUUUCUAAGCAUACCACUUCUUGUGAUGACACAAGUUUUGGUGUCGACAGCAUUCAACGAGAAGCGAACCAUGAGGAACCGCCUGUGGAUAGGAAUGCUGCCUCACAGAGUGUUUCAACUUCGCCAUCUUUUGCGAAAACGAGUUGUGGGCUCAAAGCUGACGAUUUUGCAAUUUGUAGUAAGUGUGGCAAACGAGUGUUGCACUGGGAACUGCCCGAACAUAACGACUUCCAUUUUGCACAAGAUUUGCAACAUGAUAUAAACAAAACCGUUAAUUCAUCUCAAAGAUCAGACUCAAAGUCUUCGCCUCCAAGGAAAAAAGUUAAACCUAAUUCUUCUUUGAUCAAUCAUUUCUUUAAACCCAAAUGAUUGUAAAGCAAUUAGUUUGAACGAUUAGUUUUCUGAUAUCUUAAUAACGUCAAUCAUGCUCAUUUGGGCUGUAUUUUGCGAAUAUUGAUAUUCGUCAUUACUUUGAAAAUACAUUAAUUCAAAAUCUCGAGCAGCCUGUCCAAACUUUUCAAAAGUAAUAUAUAUUUUGUAUUUUGUCUUGAUUUAACUUGUAGACAUUUCCCACCGAGAGCACAGCUUUACGCAAUCAAUAGCAGAGAACUUGAUUUUAACGCUUGCAGAACAGCAUGUUCCUGCCCUGCAGAUUACGUAUCAAGGCUCAGAAGUUUCAGCUCAACUGAACAUAAUUAAGAAAACUCUAGGUUCGUAUGUGCAGAUAUCCGUAUAUACUCGUACACGCACGCAAUCGGUCGUUGGUGAUUGCAAAUUAGCACACUGAGUUGCAAUGCCCACUUUCAACGUUAGAACCGUUCUCUCCUCAUUCGUUAAGACACACCAAAAGUUCAAUGCCAACAUGAAAUGUUAGAGCCGUUCUUUCCUUAUUCGAUAAGACACACCAAAAGUUGGAAGGUCGUCA